AUCCCCCGUGUAAGGGUGAGGUGGAGGAGGACAUUCCAGGAGAUGUCACCACAGAAAAUCCCAUAAAGAAUUCUGAGGAAAACUUCAUGUUAUCACUAAAUUAUAAAGUGGAAGAUGAAGAUAUCCUGCAGUGCUCUUCAGGAGAAAACUUAAUUACCCUUAUAGUACAUCCAGGACUUCACAGUACAGAUUUAUCCUAUAAUCAUCCUAAUCAUGAGGAACCUUCUCCUGACCAAUCACAGAUUGUUACAAGUACAGGUCAGAAAUGGGGUGAAAGGUUUCACUAUGGUAAAGAGUUCAUACACAGCUUAGGUCUUUCUGAGCACAAAGUAAUUCAUACAGGAGAGAAACCAUACUCCUGUUCACAUUGUAAGAAAUGUUUUACAGAUAAAUCACAUUUUGUUGCACAUGAGAGAAGUCAUACAGGAGAAAAGCCAUAUUCAUGUUCAGAAUGUGGAAAAUAUUUUACUCAAAAAGCAGGUCUGUUUAAACAUCAGAGAUUUCACACAGGCGAGAAGCCGUAUUCAUGUUCAGAAUGUGGGAAAUGUUUUUCACAAAAAUACAACCUUGUUGAACAUCAGAGAAUUCACACAGGGGAGAAGCCAUAUUCAUGUUCAGAAUGUGGAAAGUGCUUUAAACAAAGAACAAAUCUUAUUCAGCAUCAGAGAUCUCACACGGGAGAGAAACCAUAUUCAUGUUUAGAAUGUGGGAAAUGCUUUACGUAUUACACUCAACUUGCUAUACAUGAGAAAAAUCACACAGGAGAGAAGCCAUAUUCAUGUUCAGAAUGUGGGAAAUAUUUUAUAUAUAAAUCACAACUUGUUAUGCAUGAGAGAAUGCACACAGGAGAGAAACCAUAUUCCUGUUCAGAAUGUGGGAAAUGUUUUAGAAAAAAAUCAGAUCUUGUUACACAUAACAGAAUUCACACAGGAGAGAAGCCAUAUUCAUGUUCAGAAUGUGGGAAGUGCUUUAAACAAAGAACAAAUCUUAUUCAGCAUCAGAGAUCUCACACGGGAGAGAAACCAUAUUCAUGUUUAGAAUGUGGGAAAUGCUUUACGUAUAACACUCAACUUGCUAUACAUGAGAAAAAUCACACAGGAGAGAAGCCAUAUUCAUGUUCAGAAUGUGGGAAAUAUUUUAUAUAUAAAUCACAACUUGUUAUGCAUGAGAGAAUGCACACAGGAGAGAAACCAUAUUCAUGUUCAGAAUGUGGGAAAUGUUUUAGACAAAAAUCAGAGCUUGUUACACAUAACAGAAUUCACACAGGAGAGAAGCCAUAUUCAUGUUCAGAAUGUGGGAAAUGUUUUACACAACAAACACAUUUGAGUAAGCAUCAGAGAUUUCACACAGGAGAGCAGCCGUAUUCAUGUUCAGAAUGUGGGAGAUGUUUUACAGGGAAAUCAUCGCUUGUUGCACAUGAAAAAAGUCACAAAGGAGAGAAACCAUAUUCAUGUUCAGAAUGUGGGAAAUGUUUUACAAGGAAAUCUAUUCUUGUUGCACAUGAAAGAAGUCACACAGGAGAAAAACCGUUUUCAUGUUCAGAAUGUGGAAAAUGUUUUACAGAUAAAUCAAAUCUUGUAAAACAUUUGAGAAUUCACACAGGAGUGAAACCAUAUUCAUGUUCUGAAUGUGGGAAAAGUUUUACACAGAAAUCAUAUCUUGUUAAACAUCAGAAAUUUUACACAGGGAAAAGCCAUACUCUUGUUCAGAAUUAAAACUUAUUAAACAUGAUAGAAUUCACAAAGGUGAGAAAACAUUUUAACAUGCCCAUAUGAUUAUAUACGGGUCCAAAUAAAUUCUACCCAAUACUAAAUUGCUAUAAUUGCCUGGAAAAGUAUUUUUUUUCAUUGUAUCUCUUCUCCUUGAUUGACCCAAAUCAAAUCGCACACAUUUCAAAUCUGAUAGAAUCAGGAUUUUUUUGUAAAAUUCAAGUCACACUUUCAAAUUUUAGAAUCAAUUUAUCUGUAAUUAGGUUUUUUAUGGACCUUGAACAGCCAGUAAGAGGGUUUUUUAUUGGGUAGAAUUAGCCCAGAUCUUCCAGACAACCAAACUGUGAUUGAGAUCUGUGGAGGAAAAGUAUUGUGCAUAUAAGGAAGAGAAGAAGAGCCUUGUUUACCUCAAGAGCAGUGAAGAUGAACUGUCCCCAUGAACCUUGAUUCUUAUCACUGUAUUCACACCUCCACCCACACUGCGGGAGAGUCCAGAGUGACUUGGGGAGAAGUAACAACGCUCUAUAGAAUUGUUUUAGAAUGUAUGUGGACAUAUUAAUAUUUCAUCCAAACAGUAUUUACACAUAAUAUAAACUCUUCUAUUUGCUCCACGACAGCGUCACCAUUGUCACUGACAGACAUUGUCUUCUUGGCUCAUAUUAUACUUUCUACUAGCGCUGUGACUAGGGGUGAGUGAAUCGCUCUUCGGUUCCAAGAUUGCUGUUUUAAAAUGGAGACAGGUCUCUGUACAACAUUAAAACGAAUUUGGGGAACAAAUCAACUUCGGAUUUUGGAUCAGAAGCUCAAUUUGCUCACCCCUAGCUGUGACAUUCAUUGCUCCUACAGACUAACCCUCCUGCUGGCAUGAUGGCUAUAUCACUGGUUUAUCUGACCGGGUGAUCUGUGAUAAUUGACCCCAUAUGUACAUUCCUGUGGUUUAAUGGUAAACCUAUCUAGGUACUGGAGCUGAGUUAUAUAUCGGUAGUGAGAAUCGUUUGUGAUGUCACAUCUUUUAAUUAACCCCUGAAUAAUGCCAACAUGAAUUCAGUGACCAAGUGAUGCUCAUAUAUGUGUUUCAUAUGUAUCCUCACUCCAUCUUUAUUACCUGCAGAACAUAGAGACAUGUGGAUGAAUUAUUAGUAAUCUGUAUGUCUCUGAUAAGUACUGGCCGGUAGGUCGCCCACUCACUUUAACCCGGUUGUGGGGAAUAAUAAAAGUAUAAUAAAUAAUAUAAAUGUGACAAUCGCAACACAGUUGUACAGCAAUAUGCGCAUGAUAUAUCCAAACAAUGGCCCAGAUUUGCUAAUGGGUCUGCAAAAACAAGCUGUCUACAAAGUGGCACAAUUUGGUGCAUCUAGAGUUUCUACACUUUUUUUUUCUCAAUGUGUUCGUCUUUGGGUCGGGGGCUUAGUGGAAAGGGAUUAGGGCCUAUGAUGCACCACUCUGCACCAAAAGUGUAGAACUAUUCUGGUGUCAAAAUCUGUCUCAAAGUGAGCUACAGAGUCAGAGAAAAGUGAUUUAUCUUCCAGCCAGAGUCCCGGUCAUGAAUCUGGUGCAGAUCUAGAGGCCGAUCUAAGCUUCCACCAUCUUUACGAUUAGUAAAUCUGGGCCAAUAUCUCUCACGGUGACUCAGGUAGUUUUUGUCUCCGGUUGUAUUUUUAUAUUUCAAACGUUCAUUGACGCCACACGAGGGCUCCUUGGAAACAUCUGAUAAUUCCUGUAUAGGGAGAUAUGUACCGGAAGUUUUUUUAUGACUUAUAUUUUAAGUCUUACAGUUAUAGGUGUUUUCUUAGACAUGUAUGGCAUAUCCACAGACUUGGAGAAAUUAUAUCAAAGCCUCCCUCAAAGUCUGGAUACAGUGGCUAGCAGGAUGGCCUCAGAGACCCCAUUUUCUACAGAUAGCUGGAUGUGCCAGAGGACAAUGGAUAUGCCUUAAAUGUCUGAGAUGAGAAUAUCCCUUUUAAGCAGCUUUUCACAAAACAUCAAAAAAAAAUUCAUAGCCUUUAUAG